UCAAAAUAUUCGAACUACACUCCCCGUCCGCCGCCAAAAGGGUAAUGGCACCGCCUCGCCUCCUCCCGCUCCUGCUCGGCCGCCUCCUCGUCGCCGGCGAGAUCCGCCGGAGCCCCGCCCACCUCCGCCGCAUCGUCCCCCUCCUCCCCUCCCACCCCCACCUCGCCGCCGCCCUCUCCAGCCUCUACUUCCCGCUCUUCCCCUCCUCUUCCACCUUCCUCCACAACCUGCUCAUCCGCACCUCCGCCGCGUCCCACUCCCCGCGCCUCUCCUUCGCCGCAUUCUCCUCCCUCCUCCGGGCCGGAUGCCUCCCCGACCGAUUCACCUUUCCUCCCCUCGUCAAGUCCGCCUCCAGGCUCCCUUCCUUCCCGCGCACGGGCGCGCAGGUGCACGCCCAGGCCGUCCGGCGCGGGUUCUUGGCCGAUGUCUUUGUUGUCAAUGCGCUCCUCGCGAUGUACGCCGCGUUUCGCGACACGGCGUCGAUGUGGGACGUGUUCGACUCGUGCGCCGGGGUCACCGACGUGGUCUCUUGGAACACGGUGAUUGGUGGAUACGCGAAGUGCGGGGAGAUUGGGAAUGCCAGGCGGGUGUUCGACGAAAUGCCGCAGAGGAAUGGAGUGUCCUGGAGCGCGAUGGUAGGGGCGUAUGCGGGGGUUGGGGAGCUGGAUGUAGCGAGGGAUAUGUUUGAUCAGAUGCCAUCCAUUGGGAGGAACGUCGUCACAUGGAACUCGAUGGUGACAGGAUUUGCACGCCAUGGGCUACUGCCGUUGGCCAGGAAGAUGUUUGAUGAGAUGCCGGUCAGAAAUCUGGUGUCAUGGAACGCAAUGAUCCGGGGAUAUGCAGUGAACGGCGAGAUGGAUGGUGCAAGGGAAUUGUUUGAUGUGAUGCCGGAGAAGGAUGUGGUUUCUUGGACAUGCAUGAUCUCCGGGUACGCACAGGCUGGACGUUAUGCAGAAACCCUUGACCUAUUCAGGGCAAUGCAGAGUGAGAGCGAUAUUCGGCCUAAUGAGGUGACCAUGGUGAGUGUGCUCUCAGCAUGUGCACAUUUAACAGCUCUGGAGGAAGGGAGGUGGGCUCACACCUUCAUUGACAAGCACAAGAUGGUGCUUGACAAUGAGUUCAAUCUUGGUGCUGCUCUCAUAGACAUGUAUGCCAAGUGUGGGAGAACAGACAUGGCUGUCAAAAUUUUCCAGUCCUUGGACCAGAAGAAUGUCUCUGCCUGGAAUGCACUCAUCACCGGGCUGGCAGUGAAUGGUGAUGCUUGGAAAUGCGUUGACGUGUUUGAGCAGAUGAAGAGGUCAGGAGAAAAUCCGAAUGACAUCACAUUCGUGAGCGUGCUGACAGCUUGUGCCCAUGCUGGGCUGGUUGACGAGGGUCGGCAGUGCUUUCAGAGCAUGGCAUCUGCUUGUGGGGUGCAGCCGGAGAUAAAGCACUACGGCUGCAUGGUUGAUUUGUUAGGUCGAGCAGGGCUUCUUGAUGAGGCAGAGGAGCUGAUUCGGAGCAUGCCGAUGGCCCCGGAUGUCAAGGUUUUGGGUGCGCUACUAGGUGCUAGUCGAAUGCACAAGAGAUUUGAUGUAGUUGAAAGAGUUCAGAGUGAAAUCCUGAGUCUUAAUACACAGCAGUCUGGCUGCCAUGUUUUGAUAUCUGACAUUUACGCUGUUGCUGGCAAAUGGAUUGAUGCUCUAGAGGCAAGGCAUUUUCUGCAGAAGCAUAGCAUCAGGAAAUUGCCAGGAUCAUCCAGCUCAAUGCAGUAGUUUCUGAGUCUUCCAGAGGUUUUAACAUUUCAGAUUGGGACAUCGGGUUACAUUCUUUCCCAGUAAGUAUGGAGCUUACGGAUAUAAGCAAUAAGCUGUUGGGAUCAGAAAUUCUCGUCAGCAAAACAGUCCCUGUUUAAGUACUGGCUGGAAACAUCUUGUCCCAAAAAAAACAGAAGAUUUGUCUUUUUCCAUGUGCAGCCAGUUUUCACUUGGACAUAAACAUAUUGAUUCGAACAGAUAGACCUAACUUUUAUGGGUUUUUUUUUUCUCCCAAUGAUUGUAUUAUCCUGGACAAUCUGUGGUCGUCAUAGAAAAUAUUCAUGACAAAUUGAUAUUGUGCAAGCCCGCAUCAGAUUACACAUAUUGGUGCCCGCCUCAUGGUCGUUUAGGAGCCUGGUGAAUUUUGAGCAAAUAAAUAUCUUUCUCAGGUUGCUGCUCUAAAAGAUGAUGCUAUCGUUGGUUGGGAAAAUCUUCAAACAUUCAAAAGCUGCCAAAAUGUUGAAGAAAAUGUAUAAUGACAUGCUUGCCUUCCUAAUCUUAAGAAAUUGCUGCUACCUUCCCGAUGAUCCACGGUGCAAGUUCCUAACCGUAAGUUGCCCAGCUAUUUUUGACCUGUUGGAACUGGACAAGUCCUAAAUUAAUCCUGUGACUUUAGUACCAAGCUUUUCGAGCUGCAUGCCACAGUAUCAAUUAGGCCCCGUUUGGAAUUUAAGGAUUUUUCCCGAUUCUUGUGAGAAUUGAGUUCUGUGAAAUCCCUGCAAAAAUUCACAUUAACUUCUUGUGUUUGAAGCAUGCCCUUACCCUUGGGCAGCAUUAUUCAACCUUAUAUAAUCAGGAACCCUACAAGUAAUCCCACUAACAUAGUCAACUAGCUAUUAUCUGCUUCCUAAGUAGAUCUGUGACCAAUCUCCGAAACACACACACACACACAAAAAGUGCUAGCCGAAUCCACUAACAUGAAGGCAAUACAAUAGAAGAGCAAUUCAUAUGGCACAGUACUCUGGUUACUGGUUUUCCUUGUGAUGGUUAUAUGUAUCAUGUUACCUCAACAACUUUUAUGCUUAGCUCUUGAUUUUCAGGGUAUCUGGAUGUAUUACGAAGACCAAAAUAUAUUGUACUCAACCCGAGAGAUGUUUCCAACGAUUUGCUACAUGAUCAGAUAAAAAAAAAUUAUACG